GAGCGCCCUUCGAGUCAGCAACAACUAUCAACGAUCCCUGUCCCAAACGACCUAUAUCGCAUCUGCUUACACGUUCAGCUACUUCCGCCAGCUCAAGAGAACCUUUAUCUGAACUCACGCGACUUUUCGGCAACUUCUUCGGUCGCAAACUGACGCGUACACCAGUUCGUCACGCGUCUGAAUAUCUAUAACCCUCAAACCAUUUUCAGGCAUCUCCACCAUCCGCUUAACAUCCUAACCUGACGCGUCAAUAUGUCUGCUCCUUCUCAGAACGCGACACCGCGUAGGGUGCUCGGUGCUAUCGACACGAACGCCCAGUUCAACAGAGUCGACUCGCCCUCUAAGCGGCGGAAGCUGAGCCCGAUCAAGCCCAAAACGCUCAUGCCGCCUCCAACAAUCUAUUCGGAUGUACGCGACAAGGAGAACAGUGUUCGUGGGUCCGCCAUCUACGAGGAUCAACCCAAAACUGCGUCGCAGCCUGAACAGGUGCCUGUGUAUCCCAGGAGCCACUAUGAGGACGACGUCCAUGAUUCACAGUUGCAAAAUGCUUAUGAUAUCCUUUCCCAACUGUCUGAAGUGGCCCUGUCCCAGUCUCAACCAUCACAACAACCCGUCAACGACACACAGACCAGCAUCUCCUCCGUCGAAUCCAACAUUCCAGAUGAGAAACCAGGCUAUCCAGCAAACACUUCUGCAAGAAAAGCAUGUGUACAUCAUAUUGCUGAGAAGCUGCGUAUGCGGCUUCAGUUGGCCAUGUACAAAGUCCGUAUCAACCAAGCCGAGACUCCACUCUCGCACCUUCCACACCCCAAGCCUUCGCCAUCUGUCGCAUCAUCAUCAGCACCUCCUACUACCGUUAAGCGCAAGCACGAAGACUCUGCUGAGCCUCUGUUUGCACUACCUUCCAGCAUCGCGAAGGCAUGUCGUUACACGCCCUACGCGCAACGCCCGCAUUCAACCCCAUACGCGCCUUCUGCGCGUUCGAUCCUUGCACCGAGUCCAUUCAGCCCGGUGAUGCAAGAUACGCCUGCGCCGAAGAGACCAAGCAUGGGUGGGUUGCGAAAGAGCUCGGACGAUGAUAUCAGAGUAACCACCACUGCGAACUUGGAUGCUUUGUUCAAGACGCCUGGGAGGGAGUUGAAGGAGGAGCCGCAGGACAAUGAUGUUGGUGCUGCGCGGGGCUUGUUAAGUUUAGGGAUGAUGAGGUAGGGAGACAGGUAAUGUUUGUUGGAUGGCGAGGGCGAGUAGGCACGGAGGCAGGCUGAAGGUUGGUGGGGUUUUCACAUGGGGCGCCACAGGUGGGAUUGGACACUUUUACUUAUUUUCUUUGCAUGAUCUUGAGAACCGCAGGAACACGGACUUUAUCUAGAGUUCAUGGACUUUUACGAUACCCCUUAGCGGCAAUUCAUUCUUCAUCACGUAACUUCCCCAGCCUUUCCGUCGCCUUCCAAUACCGUUUCCUGAGCAAAGUUCUUUAGUACCCAGGAUUUGCCACCGUAUUCCAUUUCCUCCUCUUCCCACCUGUUC